CCGGGAUUCAAGGCAGCCGCUUUAUAAAUUUCUGAAAAGAAGCAGGCUGCGUUACAGACAGAGUCUCAGCCCUCACACAAACAGUCUGCUUGGCAUCAAGGGCCACAAUCACCAUACGGCAAGAUGUGCAAAGGAUUAGCAGCUCUACCCCACACAUGUCUGGAGAGGGCCAAGGAGAUCAAGACCAAGUUGGGCACCCUCCUCCAGAAGCCUGACUCGGCUAUUGACCUGAUAAUCCCUUCCCCAGAGAAGCCGGAGAAGUCAGCAAAGGCCCAGAAGCCUUCUCCAGAAGAGGCAUGGCAGUGGCGCAACUCUCUGGAGAAACUCCUUCUAAAUCCUUAUGGGCUUGCCAGCUUCCAGAGCUUCCUCCAGUCUGAGUUCAGUGAGGAGAACAUUGAGUUCUGGAUUGCUUGUGAAGACUAUAAGAAAACCAAAUUGCCUGCUAAAAUGGCUGAAAAGGCCAAGAAAAUCUAUGAGGAAUUUAUCCAAUGUGAGGCUCCCAAAGAGGUGAAUAUCGACCAUUUCACCAAGUCUGUGACCAUGAAGAACCUGGUGGAGCCAUCUGUGAGUACUUUUGACUUGGCCCAGAAGAGAAUCUUCAUGCUGAUGGAGAAAGAUUCCCUCCCCAGAUUUGUGCGUUCCAGCAUAUAUCAGGAGUUAGUAAAGUAGCAAUGUAUCAGAGCUGUGCAAGGCAUUGGUACUCCCACCCAUCAAAGCAGGGUCAUUGCUUACUCCAAUUAUUAGUAACCAGUGUGUACUAUUAUCUUGAUAGUUGCUUUGCUUUUGUGUGUAUUCCAAGCUUCUGAGAUUCAAUGGCUGUGUUAAACGUUCUGCUCAUACUGUUUUGGUGUCUCUCCUUCCAGAUGAUUCCAUUUUACCCUAUCUUCUCAUAUCUGUCCUCCCCACUCUGCUCCAUUUAAGAUCAGUGUUACAAAAAAGAGUUAGAUGGGCAUUCCUAGUUAAAAUGUUUAAAAUGCUAAAACAGAUGUUAACUAUUUAUACACGCAAGGCCAAAUAGAUUCUAAAUCCUACUACCCAUUUUUGAACUAAGCACCCUAGACUCAAGGAGAGUAUAGGAUGUGCACCUCUGUUUGAACUUUCUAUGCUAAGAGAACUAGAACUACUGGGCAACCGGUAGUUAUCAUUCAUCAUUAGCAAAUCAAUCAGUGACCAGAUAGACUGUAUACACAUGGUUUUAAACCCAUGAAACUUGGGCUGUCGCUAGACCUAAGGUUUAUCCCAGGAUCAUCCCGGGUUCGUCCCUGCCUGAGCACUGGAUGCCCUGUGUGGCACUUAGAUCAACAGGUUUGACCCCAGGACAAUCCUGGGAUAAACCUUCGGUCUAGCUACGGCCUUGUACUUAUUAUCCCCAUCAACUAUCAGUUGCAAGUUAAUCAGUGAUUGCAUAGAUCCAGAGUCAAAUAAACAAUGAUAAGAAGGUUGCAGUGUCUUCUAACAAUGUUACGUGUCCUUCAAAAGAAAGAUUCAGAGCUGCAUGUGUCAUCCUACUAUUUCUUAUACUAAUUGUAAAACACCUAGAGAAAUGUAUUUUAUGAGACAUUUAAUAAAUGUAAUAAAUAAAUUUGUAGCCAGGUGGAUGAUCAAGACAGCAUGACUCAGCUGUAAGAAUUCAAGAUUAUAAGGAAGGAUAAGGAUGAGCAUUGGCACAUAGAAACAAUGUGCUUUAUUGUGGCUUUUUAAAACGUAAUUCAUUCCGUGAGGUCCAUAUAUUACCAUGUCAAAACUACUACAAGGUGUUAUUACCCCAGUAAUUUCAGCCGGUGAAUAUGUUGUUUGAAUAUACCAUUGCUUGAAGAGAGAUGGUAUUUACCUUACCAUACUUACCUUACAGCACCUGUCAUAUCAGGGAGCAUUUACACAACGUGUUCACCAGAUGAAAUUAACACUGGUGAAACUCACCUGAAGUUUGCAAUAAGUAGAUGAUGGAUUUAGGUUUAUGUCUCAAUAAUCUGAAUUUAACUUUAAUGAAUGCAUUGUCUGUCACUUUGAUCAGACAAAUCAGCUGAUCAAAGUCCUGGGCAGCAUUGUUGCUAUAACUGCUAAAAGCCUCAAAUUUAUCUUAAGUAGAACCAUUAAUCAAUAACCUUCAUAGGCAGCAGAUAACAAGGACAGCACAAUGAUUGAUGAGUUACAAUGGGCUCCCUUGGGGGAAGGGCAGUAUAUACACAAAAUAAAUAAUUUAUUAUUAUUAUUAGUAGUAGUAGUAGUAGUAUUGCAACAAAGGAUUAUCUCCUGGGAACUGAGAAACGUACGUCUUCUGCAGGUCUGCACAAUGUGUGACCCACAAAGUCAGAUGCCAGGUGCUUGAGAAGCCCCCUCUUUUUGCAGUCCUGCCAGUCAGCAAAACCAAGCAUUUGUCGAGCUCCUUGUUGGCUCUGCAACCUUGGUGGAUCCCAAGUUGUGCAGGGCAGCUGUACUACAAAGAAGGCUAAAGAGAAAGUGAUUGCUUUUAGGCAGUGGCUGAUGUUUUUCGAGUAUAUUGCACAGUGCUAGAGUUAAAGGGAGGGAUUUGUAAAUCCUAUUAUUUUAAAAUACUCACACAAAAUAGCUGUUACCCAAACAUUUGGAGGUGGAGACACAGAGAAAAAUAAAUCAAAUGAUCACUGCCCAAACAGCAUGGCUUAUUUAACAACCCAGGCCUCUUACCUAUUUUCAUUGCCUGCAUUAGAUUUAUUGGGGUUGUAAUUUCAUAUAGUGGCCCUGCAUAUCCUCCAGUGCCUACGCACAGCUUUACGUAAUGCUCCUGAAGUACUCUUUUCUGAAUUGUGAUGAAAAUACUUGUGGUGAAGUCUUCUCUUAUUAACUCUCUCUGUAGCAGGCUUGCCAAAGUGGUAUUCUGGCCCGAAACUUUAAUCUGAAGAAAUUAUUAUUAGGAUGUGUGUAAAAACAUCAUUAAGGAAUCCUGUUUAGACUGCAUUUACAUAGACAGGACAUAGAUCCAAACACAACUGAAGGAAGCAAAUUUAAAUUUGGAAAACCUAUCAGUGCUACCAGAGUAAAUAAUAUCAUCUUGCAAUCCAAGUGUGUACAUGCGUGCUCUUAAGAGUACCAAUCGUGGGGAGAUAGUGCCAGUCAUGGGAAAUCCAGCCCCCAGGUCCCUGUCUUGAACAGUUAACUGUUGGUAUUCAGAGCAUCUGACCAGAGCUACACACACAUACACACAAUUGUCUGGUGGAUCUCUGCUGAUAGGAAACUGUGCAAACAGCAUAAAUGUGUGUGUACAUGUGGGCAUUAUCUGGAUCAGGGUGCAUAAACGCAUCUAUUUAAUAAAGUUUGUUCCAAUGUCCAGCAAUAUGUUGGAACAUUGCAUGGUUAAACAUAGGGUUUUUCCUCCUUUGGUCUGUUGAACUGCUUCAAAUACAAGGAAGGUUGGAAAUUUUAGAGAAAAGUGUUGGAUAUAGUUCUAAUAGGGUUUUUUUUUAAAAAAAUUGAAAUUAAAAUUAUUUCGUUAACUAUUUUGUUAUUUUCCAGAAUUCUAAGACUUGGGAAGUUGUAAAGAUAAGGAAAUGAACCCCAAAUCUAUAUGAUUUAAAAACAAAACACAAAACCAUUUGCGAAACCCUUUUAAAUUCAAGAUAAAAAGAAAAUACAAAACCAAGAAACCUCUGGCAGGAAUUAUUAUGUUUCUUAUAAAUGUUUGGUUUAUUAAAAAGUGGCAUUUAAUCAGCUUUAGUUUUUGGUUAAAAAUAGUCACUCAGUUCUCAUUACUUUGACUCCACAGGAUGUUAGUAAUGGGGAUACGUUAGUGCUGUUUCCCAUCAAAUGUACGUGGAACCCUCACAACUCAAAUCGAGCCCUGGCCAAAGAAAAUACCCUGUUAUAUGUUGCAAAUAACGUCUUUGAUCUCACUACGAUUUCAAGCUGACAGGUGCCAACGUUACACAAAUAGAUGUUUGCUUCUAGCUUGCCCUGACCCCAUGUUGUUAUUUGAUUAAUUCUCAUAGUAACACCAUCAUGUAGGGCCCUUUUUAUAACUUAUUCCCUUUUAAAGACAGGCAAAGCUAAAUUUGGGUGCUACCAUGCUCUCGAAGAGCCCUCAUUCAUUCCAGUGGGGUUUGUACAGGAGAACUUCUAGUGGGCUCAUGCACAAAUCCUAUUACUUCGAUAUGGAUACAGAAAUGGAAAGUAAAUUAAGGUCUGUAAUGUACAAAGUGUUUAUAAGCGGCCUUAAUAAGCCUGUAACACUGCUUCAUACACAUGGUUGCCAGUUCUUACGGUUUGAUUUAAAACUUCAGGUUUUCAAUCUCAUUCCAGGUGAAAGACUAAAAUCUCAGAGUCAGGGGAUGGAUCCAAAGUAAAGAGUAAGUUACUUUCCACAUGGAUUGAAAGGUUUUGUGGUGUAGGCCGCCCCAUCUUCAGGCACAGAUAGGUUUUGCCCCCUGCCCUUCCAAGUGCCAUCCUCUAAAGUUCUACCCAAUUCCAUAAUGUUUUAUUCCCCAUACAUGCCAAGUGCCAACCCUUAGGUCCCUGGCACUAUUCCUUGAGUCUCAGAUCUAAUCUUGAGGGGACCUGGUAACUCUACCAAUACAAUGUGGUUAGUUAUGUUGGAAUAACAGGAGUUGACCUAUAAAAUGUACCCAAAGUGCUAAACGUAAGUGCUGCUGUCAUCACCCUGAUCAUCAUCUCUAGUUUUCUUAAAUUGCUUAAUAAAGAACUUUUAAUCCUCCAAGUUCUAAAUAUAAAUAAACUGUUUAGCCUUU